GAUGCUUCUAGUUCGUCUUGGCCCUCCAGGUCUCCCGAUCUGUUUACUUGUGCUUUCUCUACUAAUAAAACUUAUAUAUUUUGCUAAAGAAACAGUUUAUUACAGUGUACUCCGGUUAUAACGUACCCUCUAGGGAGAAAAAAGUGAGCACUUUAUAACCGGAGGUACGCUAUAGAAGAAACCCCUAAAAAUAAAUUUCAUUAUUGAACCAACACUUGUAUUUCUCAUACUACUAUAUCAAAGGAGAGUUAUCAAACUUGUCGGUUGAUUUCACUAGAUCAGCAUGUCGAAAGCAGUUUUCAAUAGUGUUUUGUGAAACUUCAUUCCAAGAUUGCCCAAUUAUUUUAUUAGAGUCUAAAAUUGUUAUGUUGAAAGUCUCCUCAUUAUCCAAUGCUUGGAUUUUAAGGCAUUUUAUUAUGCCUUGAUCAACUGGUUGUACCACAGGUACAGGUGCAAUUGGGAGGCAAAAAUUCUAAUCUGACAUUUGUCAGAUCUACAUUCUUCGGAUGAGCUGCACAAUUGUCAACUAGAAGCAAUAUUUUUCUUUUUUCACCUCUUAGUUUCUCAUCCCACUCCUUUAAAUAGUUAAUAUAAAUGUUUGAAGUCAUCCAUGCGCGUCUGUUCGAUUUAUAAAUAACUGGCAGGUUUUUAAUAUUUUUCAUGCACCUGGGUCGUUCCUAUUUACCAAUGACAAGAAGUUUACAUUGAUCACUGCCUGCCGUAAUUUGCACAAACCCGAACGGUGUACCUCAGCUUUGAUUGUUUGUCUCUCACACACUUUUCUCUAAAUUUCAGUGUACGGUCUGCAGUCACCUUAUAAAAUAGUCCGGUGGCGUCCCCAUUUUAAAAUUGAACCACUUAUAGCAAUAUUUUCGGCUUUUCGCACCUCAAACCAUCGUAUAAGAGCUUGAUCCACAUCUGGACGUACGGGAUUUAUAAUUUUCUUAAUUCUCAGAUUUAUUUUCGCUCCUAUCUGCUUGAUUUUUUCACGAUUGCUCCAAAUUGUAGAAACUGUUGUUUCUGGCACAUUUUUCCUUUUCGCAAUUUGUCAAUCCACUCUCAAUACUUUUAAUGAUGUCUAUCUUUUCUUUCAAGCUUAUUGUUUUGCAUUUAUCCGUCAUUUUAACAAAAAAAAAUAUUCAAGUUCCACGUCCAGUCUCUAACUACCUAUCCCUAUCAUCUGGUUCCGCUUGUUCUGUGAAAAUUCUAAGAGUCGAUUACUGGGAAUCCCCGACAGAAGAUCAGAACUUAUUACUCUGCUUAUAACGUACGCUUGUACCUUACAACCAGCAGAUGACUACCAAGUGGGCAAAAAUAUUGAACGUUACAGCUAGUGUUAGAAUUUUAGUUAGUAUGCUAUAUCCAGUAAAAUUAUAAGACUAUUUGGGCGGGUCCAAUAAAAUAACUAUGUUUAUAUCCCAUGUGCGUUAUACACAGAGUACACUGUAGUUACGUAAGGAGGCGAAUCUCUUGAUCGUAAUUUCUGGAUAUCAGGGGAGUUAUAUGGUUUCAGGCUCAGACCAAUCAGGAAACGUGUAGCUCCAACGAAUCGCUACGAAUGUGAGACCUGCGCCAAGCAGUUCACCACUAAACGCAGCUUGGAGAUGCACUUUAAAAAUCUGCCGGUGCUGGUUUCGAACGAGGAUAAACAAAAUUAUCGUUGUGAGUUCUGCGGAGGCACCGUCGUGCCUCCGUUUUGUAGCCACUUGUGCUUCCACCAACGAAAAACCAAACCAAAUGGCCUCCAGAGUGAGAAACUGAAGAGAUCCACUCGUCAGAAACCGGUAGAGCCUCAAAUCUCUGACGUUAAUGAAGACGUCGUAGUAGAGCCUUGGACGCUCGAUUACACUGACUCGGAAGAAAAUGAGAGUUGCAUCUACUGCAACUCCUCAAUGCCCCCCUCGCGUCUCUUUAAACACGAAUCGUGGCACAGAGAAAACGACUUGAACGUCGUCAAGUGCUUAACGGACACGAAAUCCUCGAGACUCCCGAAGAAUUCGGAAGGACUUUGCAUGUACUGCGGCAUAAUGAAACCGAGCAAUAAAUUGCGCGUGCACGAGAACCGCGACCACGGUCGUCAGAGUUUGCGCAAAGUGUGCGAUAUUUGCGGCAUAUUCACUUGUCCGACUUAUAUUAGAGAGCACAUGCGCACUCACGACGCCGAGAAGAGUUUCGAGUGCGACGUGUGUCACAAGACGUUCUUCCGGAGGAAGGCGCUCGCACGACACAAGCUAGUGCACUCGGACGUUGCGCGGUACGUCUGCUCGGUGUGCGGAAAGUCGUUUAAGGUGCGGUUUAACAUGCGGGUGCACAUGAGGAGCCACGAGGACGUUAAACCGUUUCCCUGCUCCGUAUGUAAGAAGACUUUCACUACGAAGCAGUGGAGGGACAGCCAUUUGCGAACUCACGGGGUCCUGGAUAAUAGAUGAUGAUUUGUUUUUGGAAGAGUGUCAUGAUCUAAAAGACUUUUCUAAUGCUCUGUUUUGUUUAAUAAAAUUUUAAUCAUU